AUGCCUGGGUCCCCCUGUUCGUAACUCUCCCUUCCCCCUUCUCCCCGCCUCCUACUUCCUCUCUGUUCAGACUCUCUGCCACACCCUGCCUGGCCUUUCAGACCCCAGUCUCCAGAUUCCCUUGGCUCAGCCAUGGGGAAAGGCAGAGCUCCCACCCUCCACCUGGCCCUAGUCCUGGCCCUGUUCCUGACCCCAGGGGGUUUCAACCCCGUCUGUGCCCAAAAUGAAUCUAGCCCCUGCACAGCUGUGGGCCCAGGGGUCCUGGCUGGGAUUGUACUUGGAGAUCUUGUUCUGACCAUCCUCAUCGCCCUGGCUGUUUACUAUCUGGGCCGCCUUGUGCCUUCAGGUCGGAAUGCCCCAGAGGCUUCUAAGAAACAGAGAAUGACAGAGACAGAGUCCCCCUACCAGGAGCUCCAGGGCCAUAGAUCAGAUGUCUACAGUGACCUCACUCCCCAACAAGGAUUCCACCGAUGAAUGGUGACUCAACACUGAAGAUGGCCAGUGGGAAGCUCACAGCCUCUAAUCUAAGAACCCCAGACCCACUAACCCCUUACUACUCCUUUCUCUUGACCCCCUCUGAUCCUAAGGACCUUCUUUUCUCCUUUCCUUAUUCUUCUCACAAUAAACAUGGAGCAGAGACCUUA